CUUUUUCUCAUUGCCUGCCUUCUUCUGCCCUCCCACUUGAGGAAGUGGUGACAGCAUGGCCGGAGCCCACACUCCAUCAACAAAAUGUACAGGGAGACAAGACAACAGUGACAGUAUCUUGGAGGCACUGUCAUUGCCAGAAAGUCCAAAAGCAGCAUCCUGUUUGUCACAAAGCUCUCCAUAUGUCCCAUGCAUCUUCUGUGCACAGUUCUACCUGGAGGAGUCACAGAAUGAUCUACUGAAGCACAUGAUUAUUGAGCACAAGCUUGUCAUUGCUGACGUGAGACUGAUUGCCAAUUUAAGGAGGUAUGUCUUUUACUGGAAGAAAAGAUUUGCAGAACAGCCCAUAACUGACUUCUGUACAGUGAUCAAGACAAACUCUGAAGCUCCAGUGGAGAACCAAGAAUACUUUUAUCUUCUGUGUGAUGCUUUACCAGAAGACCGAAUUCUGCGGGAACAGCUCCAGCAAGAGAGAUUGAGAGAAAUUCUGGAACAGCAGCAGUGGGAAAGAUAUGACACAAGUUUUCAAAGGCUGUGUAUAUUUUGCAGUGAGGAAUUUAGAGGAAACAGAUCAGCCCUUUUCAAUCAUAUGAAUACAGAGCAUGCUUUCAAUGUUGGGCUGCCAGAUAACCUUGUUUAUUGUAAUGAAUUUUUGGACUUAUUGCACAGAAAAAUGGACAGCUUGCAGUGUGUAUAUUGUGAAAAGACAUUCAGGGAUAAAAACACAUUGAAGGAUCAUAUGAGAAAGAAGCAGCAUAGAAGAAUCAAUUCAAAUAACCACGAAUAUGAUCGGUUCUAUAUCAUUAACUAUUUGGAACUUGGAAAAAGUUGGGAAGAAGUGCAGUCAGAAGAUGAUCGUGAAUUAGUGGAAAACAAAGACGAAGACUGGUCGGACUGGGAAGAGCUUCCCGCAUCUGCAGUGUGUCUUUUUUGUGAAAAACAGGCUGAUACAACUGAAAAAUUAAUGUGUCACAUGAAGGACAAUCAUCAGUUUGAUCUUCUUAAGCUAAAGGCAGAUCUUGGACUGAAUUUCUAUCAGCAAGUCAAAUUAGUGAACUUCAUUAGAAGGCAAAUCCAUCAAUGUCGCUGUUACGGGUGCCAAGACAAGUUUGAUUCGAAAGCAGAAUUAAUAAAGCACAUGGAAGAAACCAAACACUUAAUCAUUCCCCCCGAGAGAUCUUUGUGGGACCAGCCACAGUACUUCUUUCCUACCUAUGAAAAUGAUUCUCUCCUGUGCACCUUGUCUGAUAGUGAAGGAGAAUCUGAGGAUCGGAAUGAAGAUAUUCCUGUUAUUGGGGAAGACCUGUCUAAGCUGCAAGCUCUGAAGCAGACAAGCGUAUUAAAUCAGCUGCUACGUGACACCAAUUUGCAAAGCUAAAUAUUCAAAUACAAUAUGCUGAUAGUUAAAUAUUUGUAUAAUACUCAAAAACAGCAUCACUAAAGUAUGGCAGACUGUAUUUGGGUUCACUUGUACCUUAAAAUGAAAGUAAAUCCUAGCGUUGUACAAAAGCUAGGGUUGACUAUUGAAACAAAUAAAGGGGACUUUCAUUCAUGAAGUAUCACAGUUCUUAGCUGCUACAGCAGCCCAUGGGCGCCAAGCCGGAUUUACUGCACGGCUAUUGGCUAAGAGGUGAAAACGUCACCUCUUAGCAAAAAAAAUUUUGAGCCGUGGGCUGCUGUAGCAGCUAAGAACGGCUAUCGGUUGAAACAAAUAAAGGAGCUUUCUACAUGAAGUAUCUUAUACUUUAGGAAUGAACGUCCCCUUUAUUUGUUUCAGUAGUCAAUCCUAGCGUUUGUACAAUGCUAGGAUUAACUUUCACUUUAAUUUCAAGCAUUGGGACAACAUAUAUAUAUAUAUAUAUAUAUAUGUGUGUGUGUGUACAGUAUAUACUGUGUGUGUGUAUAUAUAUAUAUAUGUGUACAGUAUAUACUGUGUGU